AUGGCAUAAAAUUACUAAGAAUUGAAAUUUCCUGUUAAGGAAUGUUGUAUAGGAUAUAGCUAAUAUCCAUAAACAGUUGAGGAGUUUUAUAAAGAUAAGCUAAAUCAAAAUAUUGCUUUAAAUAUUGAGUAGCUAACUUGCAAUUGUGGUUUAUAGUGUUGGUAGAAUUUAUUCACAUUCUUUUCUACAAGAAAAUAUAUAGCUCUUAAAAAACUUAGUAUAACUUGGGGUCCUUUAGUUACUCUAAAGAAAUCUGUUUUUGAGCAAAUAGUAAUUGGAGUCAGCAGCUUAAGCUGCCUAGAAAAAUUAAAAAUCAAUAUUUACUUUAAAAAUAACUUUAUCGAUGUAAUAGCUGUUUGGAUAUAGUAAAUGAUAGAGAAAAUCAAUAAUAAAACAAAAAAAUUUUCAAUUAAAAUUUUUUAAAUUCAAGAGUAAGAAAUAUCAGAUGAUGCAAGGAUAGCUAAGGUGUUGAGAGGAGUUAUGAAUAGGAAUAAUAUUGAGAGUUUUUCUUUUGGAUACUUUUUUUACAAAGACAACUACAACUAUGAUAUAUUUUUAAUAAAAUAAUCAAAUUGCUAAUCUUUAAAAGAGCAGACUCUUAAUGGAUUAUCAUAAAUUUUAAAUACGGAUUGUAUAAGAAAGAUGAAAAUUUAAGUUAAUUAAUAGAGUUAGCUAAUUUAAAACUAAAACGAGCUUUUAAAAUUUUGCUAAGCUAUUUAAAAUAGCAAAAUGGUUGAUUUUUCAAUAUAGUUUGACUAAGAAAUUUACACAAACAAGACUCUAUACAAUAAAAUAGAAUCAGCAUGGCUAAAUAAUUAAAAUUUAAGAAAGCUAUCUGUAAGUUUCAAUUAAAAAUAAUCAAGUUUUAAUUAUAGGAAUAGCUAAACUAAUACCAAUAUUAGGAUAACAAAAUUUAAUAAAAAUUGGUAAGUUUUAAAGCUUAGUAAAUGUGACAUUGAUUUCUCUUAGCUGCCUAUAGGCUUAAAGACUCUCUAUUUAUGUGAUCCAUCAAUAAAUUUCUACUAAGAUUUGGAAAUAAGCCUUGUUGGCAAAGUUCACUAAUUACAAAAUUUUUACAUGGAUUCAACUAAACCAAUACUACUAUCUAAAUUCCCUUCUGUUAUAGAGUCAUUCUUUCAAAAUUUGGAGGUUUUAUAGAUAAAAAAUAUUUUAAACAAUAAAAGGAUGCUAAACUACCUGUAAGCAAACACUAACCUUCACACUUUGAAAUUAAUUUCAUUUAAUCCUAAUUUACUCAAUUAAGAAAUUUAGAAUACAUCGUUUACAGAGCUUAUUCAAACUGUAAUAAAAUGCCCUCACCUAAAAAACCUCUAUUUAAAUAUUCCAAGUGCUAAUUUUAUUCUGUAGCCUGAUUAAUUUACUUUUGGAAAAUACCUUGAAUCAUUUUAUAUAUCAAUAUUUGAUGCUCAAUACAGUAUAAUUUUAAAGCUAUAACCAAUAUUAGAUGCAUUAAAUUAUAAUAGUAAUUUAUUAAAGUUAGUGAUUGAUAUUAAAUUUUUUGGCUACAUUGUAUUCGCUUAGUAAAAUUAUUAAAUGCUCAAAGUCGAUUUAAGCCAAAAUGAAACAUUAACAGAAUUUGAAAUUUAUUCAACAAAAAAAAUAAAAUUACCUGAUAACAUUCUUGUAUUUGAAGAAAAAACUAAGUAAAGAUAUUGUUCUAUGAUGCAAUUAUGUGCUUUUAAUAAUUAAAUAUCACCUUUUUUAUCUUAUAAUCCUUAGCUAUCGUUUUGGGAUUUAUACCUAUGA